AUGUCGAUACUAUCAGACGACAUCAAAGCCAAAUGGCUAUUCGGCUCAACGGUGCCAUUUGCAGAGCCCGCAUGGGCCCGAGGCUGUCCCAGCCCGUAUUAUAAUGAUAGUCAUAGACGCCUCCGGGCGGCAAUGCGGUCCUGGGUCGACGAGAACCUCAUGCCCCAUACCCUGGAAUUAGAGAGCUCAGCGGCGCUCCCAGAUUCACUCUAUGAGAAGGCGGCGAACGAUGGUCUGAUCAUGCCCAUGGCAUCUGGAGCUACGAUUCCUCAAGAGUGGAGAGGGAAAUAUCCAAUCAUCGGCAACGUUUCCCCGGAAGAAUGGGAUGGAUUCCACGACUUGAUUAUUCACGACGAGUUUGGGCGAGUCGGUGGAAUUGGUAUCGAAAAUGGUCUAGUUGGUGGUGCUGUUUUGUCCGUGCCUGCUCUUCAGAAAUACGGUUCGAAGCAGAUCAAAGACAUCGUUAUACCUGAUAUCCUCUCCGGUCGCUCCAGAAUAGCCCUAGCCAUUACUGAGCCUGGAGCUGGCUCUGAUGUUCAAGGUGUGCAAACAGAAGCGAAGGUAUCCAGCGAUGGGUCACACUUUAUCGUUGACGGAGAAAAGAAGUGGAUCACAUCUGGCAUGUAUGCGCAUUACUUCCUAACCAUGGUUAGGGAAGUAACAGGCGAAUUUACACUAUUGGUCAUACCACGAACGGAUGGCAUUACUACUAAGCAUAUCACGCUCUCCGGAUCGGCAGCUGCUGGAACAGCUUUUGUGGACUUUGAGAAUGUCAAGGUCCCAAUGAACAUGGUUGUUGGCGAACGUGGACAGGGACUCAAAUACGUUAUGUCCAACUUCAACCACGAGAGUUUGUUUGGAGGAUUCGAUAAGGUUCGUGUCUCGGUACCCAUAGCCAUUGCGCGCGUUAACAAGAUGUCAAGCCACGCGAUGAACCGAGAAACGUUCGGCAAGAAGCUUGUUGAUCAUCCCGUUCUCCGGCUCAAAAUUGCCAACAUGAGUCGAGAGACAGAAGCCCUACAGGCGUGGGUCGAGAGCUUGAUUUACCAGAUCUCGCAACUUUCUUCCGAAGAGGCAGUAUUCCUUCUAGCUGGUACAACCGCCCAAUUCAAGGCCCAUGCAGGUAUUGUUCUGGAGCAUGUCGUGCGGGAGGCAAUUCAGAUCAUGGGUGGCAUUGGAUUGACCCGUGGAGGUCGGGGAGAGCGUGUUGAGCGUAUUUGGCGAGAUGUCAAGGCCAUCACCGUCCCCGGAGGUAGUGAGGAGAUUCUUCUAGACUUCGCAACACGGCGGGCGUUGAACGUGACUGCAAAGUUGCAGGCCGAGGAAACCAAAGUAGGAAAGAAUAAGCUGUAG